GAUGCAAGCAUGGGCAUCUCUUCUAUGUUUCCUAAUUUCGGAGUGGGUCGGGUUCGUGAUCAGACCGCGCCCGAUUUUUCUUUGGCUAGUAAGGAUGAACUCAGCACGGUUGACUAUGGUUCACCCUAUUUUGUGAAGCUGCAACCAGCUAGUACCCAUGAUAAUCACCACCACCAGGAUCACCAUCAACAACACGAUCGGCAUCAUCAUCACGCAUAUGCAUUGGAUUCGGUCAUUGGACAUGCUGCUCAUGUACGGUUUGCUAAGGAUCACCAUCAUCAGGUCGAUGAUGCACCGUUUUCUCAUGAUCAACAUAGUCAUGAUCAGCAUAAUAUGCAGCAUCACGCGUCCUUCGCUCGCUUCAGUCAUAAACAGCUUCAUAUGGAGCAUGAUACGUCCUUCCCCGAUAACCUCCACAGCCACCAUGUUCAUCCUCUGCACAGUGACCAUGAUUACAUGAGUUCAAUGCCUGGUCAGCGGGGACAUCAUCAUGACGUGAAUAGCAAUAAUUAUGAUUUUGACGAUGAUGGUGAGAAUGAGGAUGAACAGGAGGAUGAAGAGAUUGUGGGUAAGCCAGUGAGUUUGUUUAGUCUGUUCAAGUAUUCAAGCAAAUUAGACUUGGUUUUGGUCUUCUUGGGAUGCAUUGGGGCUUUGAUCAAUGGUGGAUCGCUCCCUUGGUACUCUUAUCUCUUUGGCAAUUUGGUUAACAAGCUCGCCCAAGAAUCUGUCACUGACAAGUCUAAAAUGAUGAAGGAUGUGCAGCAGAUAUCGAUUUACAUGGGUGUGCUCGCUGUUAUAGUGGUGAUUGGAGCUUAUAUGGAGAUUGCUUGUUGGAGGAUGGUGGGAGAGAGAUCGGCACAGAGGAUCAGAACAGAAUAUCUUACAGCAGUGCUGAGGCAAGACAUUGGAUUCUUCGACACUGAAGUUACUACAGGAGAUGUUAUGCAUGGAAUUUCUAAUGUUAUGCAUGGAAUUUCUAGUGAUGUUGCCCAAAUUCAAGAAGUCAUGGGGGAAAAGAUGGCUCACUUCAUUCAUCACAUAUUCACCUUCAUCAACGGCUACAUUGUGGGCUUCCUGAAGUCAUGGAAGAUAGCCCUCGUUGUCUUUUCGGUCACGCCCCUCAUGAUGUUCUGCGGCAUUGCCUACAAGGCUGUAUAUGUUGGCCUCACUACCAAAGAGGAGGUUUCAUAUAGGAAGGCAGGGAAUGUAGCUCAGCAGGCGAUAAGUUCGAUAAGGACAGUGAUAUCGUUCGUGAUGGAGGAGCGGGUGGCUGACAAGUACGCUGAGUCGUUGCAGAAGUCGGAGGCAAUAGGGAGGAGGAUAGGGUUUGCCAAAGGAGCAGGGAUGGGGGUUAUAUAUUUUGUGACGUACUCUCAGUGGGCUCUUGCGUUUUGGUAUGGCUCUAUUUUGGUUGCUAAGGGAGAGAUCACUGGUGGUGCCGCAAUUGCCUGUUUCUUCGGUGUCAACGUUGGCGGAAGAGGUCUUGCUUUAUCUCUCUCGUACUUCGCACAAUUUGCACAAGGCACAGUAGCAGCAUCCCGAGUGUUCAACGUCAUCGACAGAGUCCCUGCAAUCGAUCCCUACAGCUCCAAUGGCCGAAAACUUUCAUCAGUCAGAGGCAAAAUCGAGUUCAGAGACGUGACCUUCGCUUACCCUUCACGUCCUCGCUCUGUAGUCCUCCGUUCUCUCAAUCUCACCGUUUCUCCAUUGAAGACGUUAGCCUUAGUUGGUGGAAGUGGCGGUGGAAAAUCUACAAUCUUUGCUCUCAUCGAAAGAUUCUACGACCCAAUGCAAGGAGCGAUAUUUUUGGACGGCCAGGAUACGAGAAUAUUGAGUGUGAAAUGGUUGAGAGAUCAAAUUGGGAUGGUAAGUCAAGAGCCAAUUUUGUUCUCAACUUCCAUUCUUGAGAAUGUGAUGAUGGGCAAAGAGAAUGCUACUAAAAAGGAAGCAGUUUCUGCUUGCGUCGCAGCAAACGCACAUGAUUUUAUCAUAAACUUGCCUCAAGGAUAUGAUACUCAGGUUGGUGACCGUGGUGCUCAGCUCUCCGGCGGCCAAAAGCAACGUAUCGCUCUUGCACGAGCCAUUAUCCGAAACUCUCGUAUCCUUCUCCUCGACGAGCCAACAAGUGCUCUUGACCCUGAAUCUGAGGCCAUCGUUCAACGAGCAAUCGAGCGCAUUUCCGCUAGUCGAACCACCGUUAUCAUUGCUCACCGUCUCUCCACCAUCCAAUCGGCAGACACAAUCGUGGUCCUUGACCGUGGAUCAGUCGUUGAGUCCGGUCGCCAUUCCGACCUUGCGGCCCGUUCUGGCCCGUAUGCCGCUCUUUUAAAGCUCGCGGCUGCCACGGACCUUGAUGGGCCUGCGGUCCGUCAGUCCUCGGCUCAAUUCAGUAGCAUUUACGACAAGUCGUACUUCAUGGACGUAACAAAAUCUAUCCAAAUUGCCAAGUCUGUUGAAGAAAUAGACGUUCAAGAACUAAUCGAGGCCCAGAAAAGUACAACAAAAGUUAAAACAUCGGAGCUGUGGAAGCUGCAAAGGCCGGAGCUCUCGGUACUCCUCUUGGGCUUCCUUUUAGGUGUAAACGCCGGUGCAAUUCUGUCAAUCUUCCCUCUACUACUGGGCCAGGCCUUGGAAAUAUACUUCACAGAGGGCCCAACAAAGUUGAAGAGAGAGGUCGGAUAUUUGGCGUUGGGCUUAGUGGGCUUGGGCCUUGGAUGCAUUGUGACUAUGACAGGCCAGCAAGGUUUUUGCGGUUGGGCCGGAGCUAAACUAACUAUUCGGGUCCGUGACAGGCUUUUUCGGGCCAUUCUUCGUCAGGAGCCCGGUUGGUUUGACCCGGAGACCAGCUCACCUGGCUCGCUCGUUGCACGACUUUCUGGUGAUUGCGCUGCUUUCAGAUCAAUUCUCGGUGAUCGUGUUUCAGUUCUCUUAAUGGGCUUGGGCUCUGCUGUUGUGGGCCUUACCGCAUCGUUUCUCAUUGAUUGGCGGUUAACACUCGUCGCUGUGCUCAUGACGCCGUUCACGCUUGGCGCUAGCUACUUCAGCUUGAUCAUCAAUGUGGGCCCUAAAGUUGACAAUAGUGCAUAUGCUAAGGCUAGCAAUGUGGCAUCUGGAGCCGUUGCCAAUGUUAGAACCGUCGUUGCCCUAUCGGCCCAAGAUCGGAUAGUAUCAUCCUUUGGUUGGGCCUUACUGGGGCCUACUAGCAAAUCUGUGCGAAGAUCACAAAUCAUGGGACUCAGUCUUGGGCUUUCUCAGGGGGCGAUGUAUGUGGCCUACACUGUAACGUUAUGGGCGGGUGCUCUCUUGAUUAAAAAGGGAUACACGAGCUUCGGAGAUGUGUACAAGAUCUUUUUGAUCUUGGUUCUUAGCUCAUUCUCAGUGGGCCAACUCGCGGGCUUGGCUCCGGACACUACAAAUGCAGAUACCGCGAUUGAAGGUGUGAUGGCUAUAAUGGGCCGUCGGCCCAUGAUAGGUAGCGACGGAGAAAAACGAAAAAUAGCAAUUAAAGAAGGGCAAGCAUUGGAAAUAGAGUUGAGAAAGGUAACUUUUGCUUAUCCAACAAGGCCUACAAAGCCUGUUUUAAAGAGCUUUACGAUGCGGGCCAAGCCCAGGAGCAUGGUAGCGGUAGUCGGGCCGAGCGGUAGCGGCAAAUCGACGAUUGUUUGGUUGGUUCAAAGGUUUUACGAUCCUGAUGAAGGGAGGGUGAUGGUUGGAGGAGUGGAUGUGAGAGAGUUGGAUGUGAAGUGGCUGAGGAUGGAGUGUGCUUUAGUGGGCCAGGAACCGGCCCUUUUUGGUGGGAGUAUUAGGGAAAAUAUCGGGUUUGGUAAUCCUAAAGCUUCGCGGGCUGAGAUUGAGGAGGCAGCGCAGGAGGCCCAGAUACAUAAAUUUAUUAGCGGCCUUCCCCAAGGUUAUGAAACCCAGGUAGGAGAGAGUGGGGUUCAACUGUCAGGAGGCCAGAAGCAAAGGAUAGCAUUAGCAAGAGCAAUACUGAAACGAUCAAGGAUACUACUACUAGACGAGGCUAGCAGUGCUCUUGACCUCGAAUCGGAGAAGUUAGUCCAGCAGGCCCUUCAACGGGCCGCCAAGCGCGCCACCACCAUUGUUGUGGCUCAUAGACAUAGACUAGCCACCAUCAGAGAUGCUGAUCGCAUCGCCGUGGUUCGAGAUGGGAGCGUGGUUGAGUUUGGGAGUCAUGAUGCUUUGUUGAAGAAACAUGUUGAGGGAGUUUAUGCGGGUAUGGUUCGGGCGGAAAUUGAGGCCCGGGCCUUGUCGUAGUAGUAGUAGUAGAACAACAAGAGAGUUGGGAUGUGUCGACGUUUUUAUCCCCGACUUUUUUUUCUUUUGGUUUAUUCGGUCAUAGUAACUUUUACCCGAC